UACAAACCUGAGACAGAACAACUGAGCUUUUGUCAGUACAAAGCUCUGGAGCCAUGGCGAUGUUUGGGAAAGUUUUGGAGCCAGUGGGCUACAUGCAAACUGUGAGGGUCCUGGUUCAGGGCAUCUGCUCCUAUCUGGGCGGCAGCGCCACAGCGGAGGAGACAGAGUUGGCCAAGAAGAACCUGGACCACAUUGAUCAGGAGCUGGGAGCGACGGGUCACGGCCUGCUGGAUGACCAGGAAGUCCACGGGCUGGAGGACGACCUGGCAGUGGUCUACUACCAACUGGGCACAGCGGUGAGGGCCCAGUCAGACUUCACCAAGAAGGAGACGGAGGUGUUCCUGCAGUACGUGAAGGACUACCGCCUGGAGAGGCAGCUGACGGCGCUCUACAACCGUCUGAUGGGAGUGUCGGCGCUGACCGACCAGCCCACCCUGCUGGAGGAGCUCAUACUGACCCGCAAGCCCAAACGCUGGGAGCUGAGGGAGUUCUGCGUCAAGAUAAACUUUGUCCUGGGCACCGGUCUGCUGUGUCUCUUCACGCAGGCUUCUCUGACAGGCAGAGAUCAGGCUCUGCUGAUGAAGACCUGGUCCGACCGCAUGGGCGCCCUCUACAGGAAGAUGAAGAACACGGGUGGCCGCUGCCUGGGAUAUUUUAUGGAGCAGGCGGAAGAGGAUAUUCGGCAACAGCUCCAUGAAGCCGUGCAGAACCGCGCACCCCCUGAAGACGCAGCCACGAGCAUCCUGAAGACCCUGGAGAAGAACUACGAUUGGCUGCGCUGGGCGGUGAUGCUCCACCCCACUGUGGGACCCUUGGAGGAGGGCGAGAUGGACGAGAAGAACGAGAAGGAGGAGAAGGAGGAGAAGACUGAGGAGGCGGAGGAACAAAAGGAAGCUCCCCCGGCAGAACAGAAGCCCAACAAUUUCCUGUCUGUGGCGUCUGAAGCUCCAAUCCCCCAUGUGAUGGCGUGCUACCGUGACACUCCCACUUCGCUGGACAAGAGCCGCAUCCACCAGCUCAUCGUGGACUUGGAGUGGAAGAUCCCCAACCCGCCCCCUGAGGUGUACGCUUCCAUCGAGGAGGACCCGGGCAGGGCGCGGCGCUACCUGGCCUCACGCAUGCUGAAGAAGCUGCAGGAGGGGCUGGGGUCUGGCGUGGCCGUCCAUGUGGUGCCGGGCAGGAUGGAGAUGAAGUGCAACUUCCCCCCAGCCUCCUACUACCUCUACGAGUACAAACACCGUCUGGCCUCGGGCACCGUGUGCGUGUUUGGAUGAAAGGGAGGCGAGGAGGAAACCACCUGCUGUUCUCACACAGAUGUUUCAUAAUCAUGUUACAGUAUCCGCUUUAUUUUUGUUGCUUUCACACUGGCAUUAACUUGUCUCGUGUAAUAUUACUUCAAAAUAAAUGUCAUUUUAGAGAAAAGGAAAAAUGACAAA